AUGAAAAGAUUGGUAGCAUCAAACUUCAAGAAAGCAUGCACCAUACUCUCUUUUUGCUUGUUUGUUCAUUAUUUGGUUUUAUCAUCAAAUGCUGCUUCUGCUACAGAAGCUACUGCUCUUCUCAAAUGGAAAUAUACCCUUUCAAACAAAACCCAAUCUCACCUACAUUCAUGGACUUCUCUUCCCAAUGCUUCUUCUAAUUCAAUCCAUAGUACAAACCCUUGUACUUGGUUUGGUAUUACUUGCAAUCCUGCUGGAAGGAUUGUCAAAAUGAACCUUACUAGCUUUAGCUUACAAGGUACGCUUCAUGGAUUUUCUUUUUUGUCUUUUCCAAAUCUCGUGUAUCUUGAUCUCUCUAUGAACGCUUUAUCUGGGAACAUUCCGCCCCAAAUUAGCGGCCUGUCUAAAAUCAACUAUCUUGAUUUGUCCUUUAACCUAUUGUCAGGAAAAAUCCCACCGGAAAUAGGCUGCCUAAACUCUUUAGCCCAGCUUGGUCUUUCGCAAAACCGUUUAGAAGGACAUAUCCCUACUUCUUUAGGAAAUUUAAGAAAUCUUACCCUUCUGUACCUCUAUCAAAAUCAACUUUCUGGCUCUAUUCCUAAAGAACUAGGUCGCCUAAAUUCUCUAACCAACCUUUCUCUUUUCCAAAACCGUUUAGAAGGUCUCAUCCCCACUUCUUUAGGAAAUUUGAGAAAUCUUAUCUUUCUAGACCUUGCUCAAAACAGUUUAGAAGGUCUCAUCCCACAAGGAAUCGGUUCCAUGAACAUGACAAGUUUGCAACUUAGUGGAAACCAAUUUACCGGCUCCUUGCCCGAAGGCAUUUGUCAUGAUGGUUCACUUCAAUAUUUUGCAAUCUCCAACAAUGGUUUUAGAGGUCAAGUUCCACAAAGCCUAAAAAAUUGCACGAGUUUAAAGAGAGUCUUCUUGAAUGGAAACCAACUCACUGGAGAUAUAUCUCAAGUCUUUGGCUCUUAUCCAAACUUGAUCUACAUAGAUCUAAGCCGCAAUAACUUUUAUGGCAAGAUCUCAAGUAAUUGGGGGCAAAGUCUAAAAUUAGGGACUCUAAAAAUGAGUGGGAACAACAUUAGUGGUAGCAUACCACCGGAGAUUGGAAACUGCAUUAAACUACAUGUGGUUGAUCUUUCUUUAAAUCAUAUUGUUGGGGCAAUUCCAAAGGAACUUGGAAAGUUGAAUUCUCUAGAGAAGUUGUGGUUAAAUGGAAAUCAUCUCUCUGGUGCUAUACCUAUAGAAUUCGAGUCUUUGACCAAUCUCGAAUUCCUAGACAUAUCCUCGAACAAAAUGUGCAAGUCACUCCCAUGUAAUAUUGGGAAGUGCUUCUCAAAAUUGAUUCACUUCAAUUUAAGCCAUAACAAUUUCAGUGAAGAGCUUCCCAUCUUGCUUAUGAGCUUAGUUCAUCUCUCCAAACUAGAUUUAAGCUACAACUCUUUGACUGGAGAGAUACCUUUAGAAAUCAACAUAAUGCAAAGCUUGGAGGUGCUCAAUCUCUCUCACAAUCAUCUUUCCGGCGUUAUUCCGACUACCAUUCGAGAAAUGUAUGGUUUGUCGUAUGUCGAUGUAUCCUACAAUGAGUUACAUGGCCCAAUUCCCAACAGCAAAGCAUUUUUAGAUGCUCCAUUGGGAGCCUUGCAAGGUAACAAGGGAUUGUGCGGUAACGUUAAAGGGCUGCCCCCAUGCAAACAUUUAUCAAAAAAGGGCCACAAAACUAUGUUCGUAAUCAUUUUCCCUCUUUUGGGAUCACUUUUGGCUUUAUUUGUUUUCUUCCAAGUUCUUCGAAUUUUGCAAAGAGGAAAGAAAGAUCGAUAUCCCCAAUUAGAACAAAGCGACAAGCACAAAGAAGGAUUUCUUUUUGUGUCAAGUAGUACUUUCGAUGGAAGAAAAAUGUAUGAAGAGAUCAUAAGAGCAACUGAAGCGUUUAAUGAGAUAUAUUGCAUUGGGGAGGGAGCAUAUGGAAGAACAUACAAAGCAAUAUUGUCAUCAGGUGUUAUGGUAGCUGUGAAGAAACUCCACCAACUACUCGAUGAUGAGCAAAGAUUCCAAAAGGCAUUCUUAAAUGAGAUUAAGGCAUUAAUAGAAGUACGACAUCGAAAUAUCGUCAAACUUCAUGGCUUCUGUUCACAUAUUCGACAUUCGUUUCUGGUAUACGAGUGUUUAGAAAUGGGUAGUUUGGCAAGAAUCUUGAAAAUUGAAGAAGAUGCUAAAGAAUUAGACUGGAGUAAGAGAUUGAAUAUUGUCAAAGGCGUGGCUUAUGCGUUGUCUUACAUGCACCAUGAUUGCUCACCACCAAUAAUUCAUCGGGAUAUUAAAAGUAGUAACAUCUUGUUGGAUUCUCAAUAUGAGGCUCAUGUUUCAGAUUUUGGCACUGCUAAAAUUCUAGAGCUAGAUUCAUCCAAUUGGACUUCCCUUGCAGGCACAUACGGAUAUAUAGCACCGGAACUUGCUUAUACAAUGAAGAUAACCGAUAAAUGUGAUGUAUAUAGCUUUGGUGUGUUGGCAUUAGAAGUGAUAAUGGGAAAGUAUCCGGGUGAUUUCAUCUGCUCAGUUAAGUCAUCUCCAUCAGUUGAGAUGAGCAUUCAACUGAAAGAUGUGUUGGACCAACGCCUUCCAUUUCCAACGCCCCAAGUUGAGGCUGAGCUCAUAAGGGUUGCAAAGAUUGCUACUGAAUGCUUAAAUGAACUUGCAGAAUCCAGGCCAACUAUGCACAUGAUUUCUAAAGUAUUAGCAGUGGCCCGAGCCCCAAACUAUGGCAGUCUCCAGCUUGAACCAUCUUUUGAAUGAAGUUCCACCAAGAAAGUCAUGUUCAAGAAGACUUACUAAUUAUAUUUUGUGUACAACUGGUUCAAUAUUUUCUUUUUUCCUAGCAUUUUUUUUGGAGUGUCGUUUUUCCUACUAAUAAAUGUAGUUUCACUCGAUUUUAAUAUCUUA